AUGGGGAACUGGAGCUGGAACUUUAACCCACCUGCGCUAAGCGCCGUUGAUUCCACGGCAUCAACAGACUCUGCGAGUUGGAAGACGGAACGCUCGCCCUCCUCGUACACCCUCCCCGGAUCAGUCGGUUCGACUGCACACACAAGGACGAUCCAUGUGCCAAUAGAUGUCACCAAUGCUCUGCAGUCGAAGGGCCUAUAUGCUGAUCAGCAAGGUAUCGUUCGCUGGAGGCACGAUAGCAUCCAGUCAGUGCAUCCGCGAAGAUGGCCAUUGAUCCGGAAGAUAUACGACUCUGCUGUUAUCUGCUUCAUGGAGUUCGUCAUGACGCUGAUCAGCAAUGCCGGUACUUCGAUUGCACCUGAAGCGAAAGACCAUCUAGGCAUCAGCAACGAGCUGGCGCUUUUCUGCUUCACCACGCUCUACUUGCUAGGCGAUGCACUUGGUGGUCUCCUGUUCCCGCCUCUGGCGGAGUCCUUUGGUGGUAGGACCCUGUAUGUGUCUGCUACCAUUGGAUUCAGUGCAGCAUGCCUUAUCCUCGGAGCAUGUCCCAACCUGCCGGUGAUCAUCGUCACCCGCUUCAUCAUGGGAUUCCUAUCUGCCAUGCCAGGAGUCGUCGGCGCCGGUAGCAUCGAGAACAUGUGGGACACCAAAGCCCGAGUCUGGCUCAUCCACAUAUGGAUCUGCUCAGCGGUUCUCGGUCUAGCUGUCGCGCCUCCCAUCACCACGAUCGUCAACGAGUCCCAUCUUGGCUGGCAUUGGAACUUCUACAUCGCCGCUGCAGUCACGGCAGGUAUUGCUGUCCUGUGUCUUGGCAUUGAAGAGUCUCGACCAUCACAACUGCUGAGGCAACAGGUCAAGGACAUCAAACACAAGACCAGUUUUCAAAGGCUGUCACUGGAUGAUAGCGACACUCCACCCGACUUCAGGACUUUCGUGCGGACAUCCCUCACACUCCCGAUACGACUCUUCUUCACAGAGCCCAUCGUGUUUCUCACGGCUAUUAUGGGAGCGACCGUCUACGGCGUUAUAUACCUCUUCUCAGCCGCACUCCCGGAUGUCUACGUCCGACAAUACGGCUUCUCAACGCUGCAGUCCUCGCUCGUAUCUCUCUCCAUCGGCGUCGGCGUGGCCUUUACAUUCCUCCCCAGAAUAUAUGACAUCCGCGUCGCAUGCCGAAAGAGUGCUCACGCGAUUCAACCAGAGGAUAAACUCAUGGGUUUCUUCAUCGCCGCUCCGGUCCUUGCCAUUGGACUUUGGUGGUUCGCGCUGACGGUUCCGCCACUCAUUCAUGGCGUUUUACCCUGGGCUUCUAUAGCGAGUCUGGUGCUGUUCGGAUAUGCGGUCGUGGAAUUCGAUAAUGUUCUCUCGGGAUAUCUCUGCGAUACGUAUGCGAGCCACGCAGCUAGUGCGAUUUCGCCGAUGAGUUUCCUGAGGGCGAUCCUGAGUGGUGUGUUCCCGCUCUUUGGGAGUCAGAUGUUUAGGAAUUUGGGGGCGAAUUAUGCUAUGUUCAUCCUCGCAGGCAUAGCGACGAUCUUCUGUGUUGUGGCUGUGCUGUUUAGAAUGUAUGGCAAGAGGAUUCGAGAGAGCAGUCCGAUGGCGGAGAAGACACGGAAUGCCAAUGCUGAGGUGCAUGUACAUGUGCCGAUGGCUGGCGUUUGA